CGCGGCGGGGCCGGGCCGGGACGCGCGGCGGCGGCGGCGGCAGCGGCGGCGGCGCGAGGCCGGUGCGGUGCGGCGGGGAUUGGCGGCAGGAGAAGCCGGAGAGGAAAAUCAGCGCUUUCCGCUCGCUUUCUCCCUCCGCCGCGGAGCCCGGGGGGGCUCCGGUGGCAUUUGACACGCGCCGCGCUCGACGAAAUACAGAGCAGAGCCCGGUCCCCCCCCCGCCGCCGCCUCCUCCCCGAGUCACGCCGCGUGCGAUGCUCAGAGCAGGUACCUCCUGGGGUCGGAUCCUGAGGCUUCCCUUCCCUCCGCGCGGAGCUGCCGGAAAGCGCCCGAACCGAGAGGGGCAGAGCCGGCGCGGGAAAAAGGCAUUUCCGAGCGGAGAGCGGCCGGCCGAAGACUUCCAGCCGCCGCGGCGAUCCCCGGCUUAAAGCAGCCGCUGCCUCAUUAGCUGCCUCUGAGCUUAAAUUCCUGAAUUGGGGACUCGCAUCUGGGCUCGUUCGGCGGACGCUUGUCCUCUCAUCCGAAGGUGCCGACGCGGGAGCCGAGCGGCGCCGCGCUUCGCCGUAACGCCGCGGGAUGGGGCCGCGCAGGUUGCACCGCUAAUCCCACCCGAGACGCCGUGCUGGAGAUCCCGCCGCCCUCGCCCAUCCCGGAGAAGCAGAAAGCAGCUCUUCGCCCACGCAGGACGGCACCGCGUCACCCUUCGUCUCUCGUGGGCGCUGCGAAAAUACCGGCAACCAGCUCGUGCCGGCAUCGGCUCUGGGGUCACCUGCGAGAGGAGGCGGCUUGCUCUUGUGACUGAUACCCGGAAAUUUUGCUUUUCUGGCAGCGGGAAGGUGUUUGCAGGACAGCCGGCUCCCCAAGCACCCCCAAAAAACUUCUCGAUGUGACGCCCGCCCAGGAUGCACCAUGUCUCCCCGGCGCCGGCUCUGACAAUGAUGGCCACCCAGAGUGUGCCCCCUCCCCCUUACCAGGACACCCCGCAGAUGACGGCCACGGCCCAGCAGCCGGCCAAGGCGCAGCCCGUGCACGUCGCGGCGCCGGCGGGCGGCAGUGCCCCGGUGCCCACCGCUGCCACCGACCCCCAGGCCCAGCUGGAGGCCGACAAACGGGCCGUCUACAGGCACCCGCUCUUCCCGUUGCUGACGUUGCUCUUCGAGAAGUGCGAGCAGGCGACGCAGGGCUCCGAGUGCAUCACCUCGGCCAGCUUCGACGUCGACAUCGAGAACUUCGUCCACCAGCAGGAGCAGGAGCACAAACCCUUCUUCAGUGAUGACCCCGAGCUGGACAACCUGAUGGUGAAGGCGAUCCAGGUGCUGCGCAUUCACCUCCUGGAGCUGGAAAAGGUGAAUGAAUUGUGCAAGGACUUUUGCAACCGCUACAUCACCUGCCUCAAAACCAAGAUGCACAGCGACAACCUACUCAGGAACGACCUCGGCGGGCCCUACUCGCCCAGCCAGGCCUCCCUCAACCUCCACCCCCAGGAGAUGCUGCAGAGCUCGCCCGCGGCGUUGCCGGCUGCCUCCAACCCACCGCCGGGCAUCGUGGUGCCGGCGGCCGCCCUGCCGCCGGGCAACCUCGCCAUGAGCACCGGAAGCUCGCCGGCCGUGCCAGGCGGAGCCCUGUACCAGCCCAUGACGAUGGUGACGUCGCAGGGCCAGGUCCUCGCCCAAGCCAUCGCCCCCGGCGCCCUGCAGAUCCCCAACGCCCAGGUGAACCUGGAUCUCACCUCGCUUCUCGACGGUGAGGACAAGAAGUCCAAGAACAAGCGGGGCGUCCUGCCCAAACACGCCACCAACAUCAUGCGCUCGUGGCUCUUCCAGCAUCUCAUGCACCCGUACCCGACGGAGGAUGAGAAGCGGCAAAUCGCGGCCCAAACCAACCUGACGCUCUUGCAAGUCAACAACUGGUUCAUCAACGCCCGGAGACGCAUCCUGCAGCCCAUGCUUGACGCCAGCAACCCAGACCCAGCCCCGAAAGCCAAGAAAAUCAAAUCUCAGCACCGGCCCACCCAGCGGUUUUGGCCCAACUCCAUCGCCGCUGGGGUCUUGCAGCAGCAGGGUGGCAACUCGGGGACAAAUCCUGACGGCUCCCUCAGCAUGGACAACCUGCAGCCCCUCUCCUCAGCCACGGCCACCAUGGCCAUGCAGCAGGCCAUGCUGGCGGCCCAUGACGACUCCCUUGACGGCACCGAGGAGGAGGAGGAUGAGGAGGAGGAGGAAGACGAGAUGGAGGAGGACGAGGACGAGGACGAGGAGCUGGAGGAAGAGCCUGGCGGCGCCCUCGGCUUGGACCACAGUGACUCGCUGGAGUAGCGAGGCGCCCGCCGCGCCGCGAGGAGGAUUCCCGCCCCCCAAAACCGCCGGGAAAGGAGACAAAACGGGGGGGGGCGGAAAAAGGAUUUUUAGGAAAAAAAACAAAAAAGCUAAUUUCAGCCCCUCGAAAAUGCCCCGCGGGGGAACGACGGGAGUGUGCCGGGCUCCGCUCCGACCUGUCGGCUUAUUUAAGUGAAGGACACGUUUACAAGGCACAUAUUGUGGCCAUUUUUUUUUCUUUUUUUCCCCUUUUUCCCUUUUUUCGAUAAAAAGCACGUCCAUCGGGCAAGCUGUUUCCCCCGCGACGGCCGCUCUCGUGUGAUGCCGUUCCCACCGCUUUGAUUUCCCGGCGCAGAAGGACGGAUGCCUCUUUUCGGUGUUUUUCACCCCGAAAAUACGUCGGACGGCUGCGCCGAUCGCCACUCUCCACGCGUGGGAAAAGCCUGGAGUGCAAACUGGAUUUUCCGAGGGUUUAAUUGUCCAAAACCUUCUCAUCUGGGGACUCGACACGCGACUUGCCAGAAAAGGCCGAAUCCCUCCCCGCAAUCCUUUAAUUUAUACGCUAAAAAAAAAAGGGCGAAUCUGGGAAAAAAACCCACCCUCGUUAAUAAGGGCUGAGAUUGGCCGCAGAAUUGGGCAAAACCUGCCGUAAGCAAGAUUUUCCCACGGCACUUUUGGCUCCAAGUCGGUAAAAAUGACAAAAAACCCAGAAUUUCACUCAAAACGCAACGGUGACCUGGAGACUCACCCGGGAGGAAGGAAAUUAAAGUCACAAAAAAUGAUGAUUUCGCCCCGAUACUGCUCCCUCCACCUGCCAGGCAGGACACGGGCAGGAAAACAGUCUUUUUCUCCCCAAAAAUGCCCCAGGGGAGCAUGCUCUGCAAAAACACCGUUUUUUGGGGGAAGGGGGGGAUUUUUAAUGCUAUCAAAAGGGGAAAAUUCGCCUUAAAACGUGGUGCGGGAUGGAAGCGGCGCCGGGGGCUCGCUCUGGCACCCCGGGGAGGGGGGGGGAAAAUUGCAUUUUCUCCUGCAGGCUCACCCCCAAAAAGGUGAGAUUUGCCUGAUAAUAAGGAUUUUGCAGCUGGGAGAAUCACCAUUUUUUCCCUUUGGCCUUUUUUUGGCUCUUGAGGAGUUGAGACAUCGCCGCCGCGAGAUUAAAAACAGGGGGUGGCGGCGCCGCGACGUGAUGCAACGGGCCGAAACGCCUAUUUUUCGAUACCGAUUCUGGCGUGAAUGUAAUCUGUAAUUUCAUAAAGAAUUCAUUGUAAUUUAGUAUUAAUUCAUGUCCAUUUAUUAUAAAGUGCUACGAGACGA